AUGGAAGAAUUACCCAAACUUCUUGAAGAAAGCCCUGAUCUCACUUCAAUAAACCUUGAAAGCUGCGAAAUAGAGUCCCUCUCUCCACUGCUUCCCUGGCUUAUUAAAUUUUCCAACCUCAAAGAAUUAAUUUUAUUCGGAAAUCGCUUAACUUCAAUACCAGACGAUUUAUCACAGUUAAAAACUCUAGAACAUCUAGAUAUUUCUAACAAUUUAUUUAGUGCGGUCCAAGACAUAAUCCCUGGUCUCUCCUCGCUCCCUUCUUUAAUUGAGCUAAAUAUUACUUUGUUGCAAGAAGAGGACGAGCAAAUUCUAAUUGAAGCGCUUCCUAAUUUACAAAAAAUAAAUAGCUCCGAAAUAGAGGUUGUUAAAGAAGAACAAUAUGAUGAAGAAUCAGACGAAUUAUUAAGAAAAGAAGAUCUAGAAAACCUUGCAAGCAUUUAUGAUGAAAUUCGAGAUGUUUGACAUGAAAUUGACCCUGCAGAAGACAAAAAACUUGCAGCAGAUUUUGAUGAUCAUGUAAAAAACGUAAUUGAAGAGUUUUCUAACGUUAUGAAACAAGGAUAUUCACAGUCUCUUUUGCAAGCACAUGCUAUGAAAUCAAAACAUGAACUCUAUCUCAUUUGCCUCGACAAAAGUUCUGAGCUGAUUUUCAAAGAAAGCCCAAAAAUGGGCCAAAUUUUGAAUAAAAUCCACAAGGUUUUUGACGACACCUUUAGGGAAACCCUAGGAUUAGUCUUUGAUAUGGACUCAGUUUGUGAAGAAAAAAUAAAUUCAAUGAAAAAUGACAUAUAGGGCCUUCCUAUAGAUGGCGCGCAAUGCGCCAUCACCGAGCCAUGUCGGAGAGGGUUCCACACGAGGAAUGGUUUCUACGUGUGGAACCCUCUUUUUGACCUGUGAGAAAACUACUUUCCACGAGCCAAAAAGAGGGUUCCACACGUAGAACCAUUCCUCGUGUGGAACCCUCUCCCGACAUGGUCCGGUGAUGGCGCAUUGCGCGCCAUCUAUAGGAAGGCCCUAUAGAAAAAGCCCUCAAAGAAAAUAACGAAAUUUUAGAAGCAGCAGACCAAAUAGAAAAAGACUCACAAAAACAUAUAAUUGAAAAAGAAAUUUUGAGAAAACAGAUGGAAGAAGACAAAAAAGAAAUUUUACUUGAGCUUGAAAUGCUAAAAGAAGAAAAUAAAAAAUAUUUAGAUUUAUUGAUAAAACACUCUAAAAGCACCGCAGAAAUUGCAUUAGGCGGAAAAUCUCCAAAUUUAGAUAGAAGCAGGACAGCAACGCCUUCUCAACAGAAUUUUUCUAAUGGAAAAGUGUUAAGUUUAAGGCAACUGAAAGAAAUUAUUGAUGAAAUUUAUACGAAUAAGGCGAAAUUUGACCAAAAAUGUGUAGAUAUGAAACUGCCAAGGGAAACUAUGGAAAAAUAUCUCAUGACUUUUCUUAAUCAUAAAUAUGGCUUAAAGCAUUUAGCAAAUGAAUAUUCAUAUGCAAUUUUGGACGCAGUUAAGAGAUUUUCUACAGAAGAUAAUGAUGUUACAGUUUUUGGUAAAAUUUAUGCAAAUGAGUGUGAUGAAGAGUUCAGGUUUGUGCAGAAUCAAGUAAAGGAGACUGUUAGUGAGCUGUUAAAGAUGCAUUUGAGAGGGAAAUUCCCAUUAAAAUCAAAUGGAGAUGUCCAAGAAAUGCUAAAUGAAAGACUUCAAAGCUAUGUAAGCGAAGACGAAUGAACUGACAUAGUCAAAUACAUGUACAACGAGACAGACGCUGAUUUAUUACUAUCUUUAGUCUCAGAAGUAAUCAAACAUAAAAAUUACCCAUCAGAUCUGCCACCUAUCAGAGGAAAAAUCACACGUGAAGAAGCUGUAACUCGAAGAGAAAAAGAAAGAAGCCUCAAAACCAGAAUUUUAUAUGCAGAUUUUCUCAAAAUCCUAUUAGAUUUCCAGCUAAAAGGCCACGAAAAAUUUUUAUCAAACUUUUUAGCUAUGUUUAGAGAUGCAGACAAAGACAGAAAUGGGAUGAUUUCUGAGCCAGAAUUCAGAGAACUAUUAGACGCUACAGGGCUUGGCUUUGAAGAGCCUGACAUUUUUAGACUGCUUCAGAUAAUUGAUCCAUAUGAUAACCAACAAAUAACUUUUUCUGAAUGUGUCGCGCUAUUUUCAACAGUAAUUUUUAUAUAGGAACUAAUCCCAAUGAGUAACUCUAACAGUGGAUCACAAGUAGCUAUCCUCCAAAGGCUCUCUCUAGUAGAAUCUUAA